AUGAGAAUCAGCCUAGUUCGCGUUAGCAUCAUCGUGAUGCACGCCUUGAGCGUUGCGGCGGACUGGACAGACUUCGGCGCCCACGAGAAGCCGGUUUCUUGUCCCCGCCGAGCCAUCAUUCAGGGCUUUGAGAAGUGUCGCGAAAACUCUGUAAUUGUGAUCGAGAUAAAGGGUACUCUUCUCUGGAGCAAGGAUAUCCAGUACUGGCUCAAGAACUCACUGCCAAUCGGUCCCGGUGUUGACCAGGAAUCCUAUCCACCAGCCGCCUACCAGAACCAGACCACUGCCAUGAUUCUUGGUGGCAAGAGGCUUCAUGUCGAGGGCUAUGGCCAUGGCACCUUUGACGGUAACGGUCAGACCUGGUAUGAUUUCGUGCGCGGAGAGUCAAACUACCCUAACCGACCGCACGCCCUUGUCGUCACUGCUGAAGACUCGUACUUUCACGGCCUUCGUUUCGUGCAGCCUCAAAUGUGGACUGUCACCGUCGUUGGCUCCAAGAGAGUAUUACUGGAAGACAUCUACGUCAAUGCAACUAGCAGUAACAGAAAUCCUGCAAGGAACACCGACGGUGCCAACACAAUGUUCUCAGACCGUAUCACGUUCCGACGCUGGACCAUUCAGAACGGUAAUGAUUGCAUUGCGGCCAAAGCCAAUUCAACCAACAUCAUCAUUGAAGAUUCGACAUUUCACGACGGCCAAGGCGUUGCUAUCGGCAGCAUUGGGCAGUACUAUGGCCGCUUUGAGACCGUCGAGAACGCGACGGCUCGCAAUAUUGUGGCAUACGGGUCACGCUAUCUGGGUCGGAUCAAGACCUGGACUGGUGAACAGAACGAUUGGCCGCCGAACGGCGGCGGCGGUGGUAUUGGCUACGUGAAGAACAUCAACUGGGACAACGUGACGAUCCACGACGGCUCGCGGGCGCCAUUCGUCAUUAACCAGUGCUACACGAAUGUCGAUCAAGCCAACUGCAGCACAUCCACCUUUGACAUCUCCGACAUUUCCUACAAGAACGUACAGGGCUCAAUUCGAUCUGCGCACGUUGCCGAAUUUCAAUGCAGCAGAUCCCACGGUGGUUGCGACCGGAUUGUUUUCGAGAAUGUCCAGUUGGAAAACAUUGCCGUGGACCCUCCCGUAGCCGCCAGUCAAUACAAGUGCAGCAACGUGAAUGAGCCUGACGGGUUCAAGUGUGGCUGA